AUGUCAUUUGCUCCACUCCACAACAAUUCUGCAGGUUCAAAUACAUCCACCUCGUCUGAUCCAAUUUCACAAAGAUAUAAAAACAUGUCAAAGAUUGGUCAAGGCGGAUUUGGAUCAGUUUUUAGAGCAACAGACAGUAGAAACAACCAUGAAAAGGCGCUCAAAGUUAUGAAAUUCACAUCCUUUGAAGAUUUGAAUUCAAUUAUGAAAGAAGGGGCUCAAUUGAUGAAUAUCAAUCACCCUUACAUUCUCAAAGUCAAUGAAUUCUUUGUUGACAAUGAUCAAUUAUUGUGUAUUGAUAUGGAUUAUUAUGAAAAGGGAGAUUUAACCAAUCUUAUCAAGUGUGAGGGAUACUGUUCAGAAAUAAUAGUUAGAAAGAUUUUGGAUCAAUCAUGUCAAGCUUUGGAUUACAUUCACUCAAGCAUGUCAUUAAUUCACAGAGAUAUCAAACCAAAUAACAUUUUUAUCAAAUCAAUCGAUGAAAAUGAUGUCCACAUCAUUGUUGCUGACUUUGGUUUAGCUCGUCAAAAUCAAGGAUCUGUAAAUGUUUCUUACUGUGGUACACCUCUUUUCAUGUCUCCUGAAAUGUCAGUCGGUGGAAAAUACAAUUCAACAACUGAUAUAUACAGUUUAGGUGUGACUAUAUACCAAAUUAUGAGUAAAGAUACAGAUACCUCAAUCAGUCAACUCUACAUGAUGAAAGAAACAGAAACUGUUAAAGAAUUCCUAAAAGAAAAAUUAACAAACGCUGGAAAAUACUCUCAAGACUUGAUUGAUUUAACAAUUUCCAUGUUGGCCAAAGAUUAUCAAUCAAGACCAUCAGCCAAAGCCAUUCUUGACCAUUUGGAGAAACAAACACCACAUAACCAAUAA